AUGACUCAGAGUGAGAACGGGACCCAGUUUGUUGGGGCGAAACGGCAGCUGCGCGAGAAGGUGAAGGGAUGGAAUGUGACUGAGUUGAAAGACUUCUGUGCUGAGAGGCAAAUCUGCUGUGCUGAGAGGCAAAUCUGCUGGAAGUUCACGACACCCCUUGCUCCGCAUCAAAACGGGUGUGCGGAGGCACUGGUCAAGAGUUGUAAGCAAGCACUCAAGAAGGCAAUUGGAGAACAGCGAUUGACUCCAUUUGAACUACAGACAUGUCUGCAAGAGGUAGCAAACCUCGUCAAUGAAAGGCCUAUUGGCAGGCACCCGACUGACCCUGAUGAUGGUAGCUACAUCUGUCCCAACGACAUUCUGCUCGGGCGAGCAUCGAACAGAGUACCUCAUGGGCCGUUUCGAACAAGCAAGAACCCCAGGGACAAAUUCGAGUUUGUUCAGCAGAUGGUGACAUCCUUCUGGAAAACGUGGAUCAGGGAUGUUCAUCCAGCUCUCGUCCCAAGAAAGAGAUGGAGUGUCCACAGACGAGACGUGAGGGUCGGAGACAUUGUUGCACUGGCAGAGGCGAGUCUUCCACGCGGGAAAUGGAACAUUGGAAGAAUCACAGAGGUCUACCCAGGGCAAGACCAACAUGUGCGAAAUGUCAAGGUGAAAACAGUUCAUGGAGACUACAGCCGACCGAUCACAAAAAUAGCUGUUAUCUAUCCUGUUGAAGGGUAUGAGAAGCAAAAGACAGGACUGUAA